AUGGCAUACGACCAAGCUCCUAUUGAAGGCUCGCUGAAGUUGCAGCCCUUCAAAGCUCACGUCUCAGACGAAGACCUCAAUGACUUCAAACAACUCGUGAAGCUCUCCAAGAUCGGACCCAAAACUUACGAAAAUCAAACAGCCAAUGUCAAAGAUUACACCCAUUUUGGAAUCGACCGCCAAUGGCUCAGCGACGCAAAGCAACACUGGGAGACGGCGUACGACUGGCGAAAGUGCGAAGACCGCAUUAACAGUUUCCCCAACUUCACGGCUGAGAUCGAUGAAGAGGGAUAUAAAUUUAAUAUCCACUUCAUCGCUCUCUUCUCGCAAAAGGCUGGCGCUGUGCCGCUCUUGCUCCUCCAUGGCUGGCCUGGUAGUGUUCUCGAGUUCCUAGACUCCCUCGAUAUCCUCAGGAAGAAGUACAAACCGGAAGAACUCCCUUUCCAUGUUAUUGUCCCUUCGCUUCCGGGAUAUGGCUACUCCUCUGGCCCACCCCUCGACAGGAAUUUCAACACUGAAGGCAUCGCCUCCGUCAUGGACAAGCUCAUGGUCGGCCUAGGUUUCGGCGACGGCUAUAUCCCCCAAGGAGGCGACGUCGGCAGCUUCGUGACCAGAGUCCUAGCUGUGACAUCCCCCUCGGUCAAAGCCGCCCACAUCCACCUGUGCAUCGGCCAACAAGGCCUCCCCACCGAAGGCCUCACGGAAGCUGAGUUAAAAGGCCUCCAACGCGUCCAAGACUUCAGCACCGUCGGCAACGCCUACGCCCGACACCACGGCACGCGGCCCUCGACCAUCGGCCUCGUCCUCUCCGCCAGCCCCGUCUCCCUCCUCGCGUGGAUCGGCGAGAAAUUCCUGCAAUGGUCCGACAAGAACCCCUCCGUCGACGCCGUCCUCGACUCCGUCACGCUCUACUGGUUCACGCAGUCCUUCCCGCGGGCGAUUUACGUCUACCGCCAGUUCUUUGGGGACAAGCCCCAGUUCUUUCAUAAUGAUCCGGAGUUUUAUAUUAAGAAGCCCAUGGGGUAUUCGUGGCAUCCGGAGGAGUUGGCGCCGGUGCCGAAGGCGUGGGUGAAGGAGACGGGGAAUUUGGUUUGGUAUCGCGGGCAUGAGGAGGGAGGGCAUUUUGCGGCGAUGGAGAAGCCGGAACUUUUUGUGAAGGAUAUGGAGGACUUUGUGGGCGAGGUUUGGCCGACUGUCAAGUAG